GCAUGCGCGUGUCUGGGGCAGGCUCGCCAUGUUGCCGAGGGAGGCCGGUGGCCGCGUUCUGGUUCCGGUUCCGGGGGGGGGUCGCCAUGGCCGUGCUGGCCGCCAACCCCAACAACCCCGUGGUCUUCUUCGAUGUCAGCAUCGGCGGGCAGGAGAUCGGCCGCAUGAAGGUGGAGCUGUUCGCUGACGUUGUGCCCAAAACGGCGGAGAAUUUCAGGCAAUUUUGUACAGGUGAAUUCAGGAAAGAUGGUGUUCCGAUAGGUUACAAAGGGAGCACUUUCCACAGAGUCAUUAAGGAUUUCAUGAUACAGGGAGGUGACUUUGUAAACGGAGAUGGUACUGGAGUAGCUAGUAUAUACCGGGGCCCCUUUGCAGAUGAAAACUUCAAACUCAGACAUUCUGCUCCUGGGCUGUUGUCUAUGGCAAACAGUGGUCCAAGUACAAACGGGUGUCAGUUCUUCAUCACGUGUUCCAAAUGUGACUGGCUGGAUGGGAAGCACGUUGUGUUUGGUAAAAUCGUUGAUGGGCUCCUUGUCAUGAGAAAAAUUGAGGUGAAUGUACUUUGAGUACUGAAUAAAAGUGAGAAGCUAACAGCCGAGAGCUAUUAGCAGAAGAGAGAUUAAUUAAUUUCCCUUUUUGUGACCCUUUCCAUGAGGAAGCCCCAGGAGGAUUACCAAGGGAUCAUUUGGUAAUAAAUAUCCAGCAAUUUGUGAUAUUUGGUUACAGCUUGCAUCCCAAUACCCUCAAAUGACCAGACAUGGCCACCAUAUAAGCAUAACUCGUCUUUCACCACAAUUUCUUCAACAUUUAUCCCCAUUCCAUCUCCUUCCCCCCCAACCCCCCCAAUCUGGCUGGCAUGAGGUAUCAUUGAAACAGCAUCUUAAGGAAAUUGUAUUUUAUUGUGCCUGACACUGAGGUUGCUGGUCCUCUUUCCACAUCAAAUCACAUACCUCGUGGUAAAUUGGCUAUCCGUAUCCUUUUCCCGGUGUGUCAUACAGGGACACUUAUUUAUUAGGAAAGCUGUCUGCAAGAAUUGAUGUUAUAAUUUUUUUGCUUCCUAAUUGACUGGAUGCCAAUACUUCUAUUAAAAUUAGCUUUCUGUAUAAAACAGGUUGUCUAGAAAGUUGAGAAACGCAAUGCCCAACUUGAAAGUACUGGUACCAGGGGAAAGUGGUCCAGUUAACAUUAAUUUUGAUCCUUAAAUAAGUUUCUUUACUGAAUAGCUGGUCAACUGUGUGUAUUCCUUGGUUCUCCCAGUCUUUGAAGCUCUCCAGUUUGCAAUUUGGAUAAAGUUCUGGAUUAUUUGCAAUGGGUGUCAUUGGUGAGGAAGAAGAGUUUAGCUUAUCUCUAGUGCUAUCCCAAGCCCAUAGAGUAGCCUUCACUAAAGAGUUGGGGGAGGCAUAGCUCAGUGGUUUGAGCAUUGGCCUGCUAAACCCAGGGUUGUGAGCCCAAUCCUGUGGGGGGACAUUUAGGGAUCUGGGGCAAAAAAAAAAAUAGUUGGGGAUUAGUCCUGCUUUGAGUAGCGGAUUGGACUAGAUACCUCCUGAGGUCUCUUCCAACCCUGAUAUUCUAUGUGUGUAAAUUUCUGGAGUGGAUGAUUUUUUUUUAAUCAUGGUAACUAGCGAUGUUUACACUACUGCAAUUUUUUUAUUCAAUAAAAAAACAGUGUUGGUAGGGUUAGAGCACCCCCAAUCCACUACUGCUUUGAACUGUCUUAAUAUUAUCAUAAAUUAUUUGGAACAGCCAUUCCACCCUGUGUAAUGGGUCUGUAUAAAUGAUCUAUUCUCACUCUUUUCUUAUUCUAUAUGAAGUCUAAUUACAUCCUCUGUAUUCCUGCUAGUGUUUUAUCUGGAACAAUCAAAGAUUUUGAAACUAGAAAGAUAUCUUGGCAGAAUAUUCAGUUUGACUGUGGCUACUCUUUCCAACCAAAAAAUGGCAUACUUCCACCAGCCCCUCAGAUCUUUUUUCAUUAGCUGAAGUAGAGGUUUGACAUUUAAAUCAUAGUGCUCCUCUAGGUUGAAAUUUGAAUUCCCAAGUAUCUUAUAGAAUUUGUUGCCCAUUUGUACCCAAAUGUUUCUUGGGGAAGUGACUUUUCAGUGUCCGGAAAUUUUAUAGUUAGCAUUUCAGAUUUGACAUAAUUUACUUUAAACCUAGAUGCUUUCCCAAAAUCCUAGAUUAUUUUGGAAACUAAUUUUAGGGAAAUAUUUGGUUUAGAUAAGAAAAUAUUGCAUCAUGUACAUACAAUGCCAUUUUCUGAUUUGUUCCUGAAAGUUCUGUUCCUGUUACAAAUCCAUUGUUCCUUAUCCUCUGUGCAAAAGACUCCAUGGUCAGUGAAAAAGUAAAGGAAACAAUGGAUAUUCCUGCCUGCUCCCUCUGUGUAAUUCAAAAGGGGAGAGUUCACCUCAUUAACUGGCACAGCAGCUUUUGGACUAAUGUAAAGAGCAGAGAUCUAUUUAAUGAACUGGAGGCCAGAGUCUGUAUGGGACAGGACACAAAACAGAAAGUUCCCCUCAAAGGCUUUCACUGCAUCUAGCGAUAACGAAAAACUGAUUUUUUAAUUUUUUUUUUUUUUAAAUCUGGCAUUAUAGAGCCCUAGAAAUGUAGGGCUGGGGAUGAUUUUAAGUACUGUCUGAAUAUUGUCUGCCAUUUGUCUAUCCUUAAUGAAUCCAGUUUGAUCCUGAUUUAUGUAAGCUGGGAACAUAGACUGUAAAUGGCUAGCAGGUAUUUUUCAAUUAACCAGUUGUUUUAAACAUGUACUACGUUGAUUCUGUAUCUUUCCAGUUUCUUAAUCAAAAUGUUGUGCCAUACCAAGUCAAAUGCUUUAGAGAAGACUAUAUAUAUUACAUCAAUAGUAUGACUUUUAUCAACCAAACCUGUUAUCUGUCAUAAAAAGCUAUCAAGUUCAUGUGCCAGAAUCUAUUUUCCAUAAACCCAUGUUGAUUAGCAUUAA